CCAACAAGUAACGAAUGCCACAACGACCCCUCAAGAAGCAUAAAAUGGUGGUUCGGGCUGCCGAAAAGGGCACCUUGGUCGCCUCCUGGUUGUUCCGUGCCGACUAAUCUCAUGCACACCUCUACAUCCUUCUUUCUCAGAAAUGCGUCUCUAUCUUCGGCCUUCCUUCCCUAUAAAUAAGCCAUACUCGACAAUCAACUAUAUAACAAACCACUGACGUACCCCCAUUCAUUCAAUGCGACACAUUUCACUGGCCAUGUCGGACGAUUACCUAUCUUUUCAAAAUAUCCCCGCUUUCCCUCCCUCGUUCGGCACUGCCAAGAGAUCUUCCAUGUCCUUCUCAGCCCUCCUGCAAAGAUGUCAAGAUGGCGAGCUCGAUGUUCGUGUUUUCGAGAACACUAUCUCAGGCUUGGACCCUACUUCCGGCUUUUUCUUCCUCUCCAUCCAGUCCGCAGGUAUAUCUGGGGAAGCUAUGCCAUGGGACCAGUAUUAAAGAGAGAUUUGGGGGGAUGAUGCCGCGAUGGCGGCUCUGGUGCCCGACAUGUUCCGGCACGCAGCAGGAGGGUGGAUGGGGUUCGACGCUGACCCACAUCUAUCUGAAUGGAUAGCUGUCUCCUUCGAUCCGGUUUGGGCUCUCUUUUGUGCAGCUUGGAGGCUUGGAUUUGGACACCAACGGCAAGUGUUCAUGUCGAUCAUCAGGAUGCCCGGCGAUCAUGAUCCGGAGAACCCGUUGAUAGUGGUCAAUCCGCUUGAGGAAGCAAAGAGAGCAGGGCUCGAUACCACAAGAGCUGUUCUUUUCUCACUCGAUCCGGACAAACUUAGACUUGCCAAGAAUUGCCUUGCAAAGUUUGGCUUCGAGCUGGUCUACAGGCGUAUUCCCAUCGAAUACAUUGUAGAGACAGUGGAGCUCACGCACAAUUCAAUUCCAUGGGACGACAUUCCCCUUGGCUGGUUUCGAGGCGUUGCCGACCCGUCUUCCCAAUCUCACUAUGGCUGGCUUGAUCGUCUGUCUUUCGACCCUUUCUCAAGAUAUACCCACUACGGUGAUGCGCAGAUCGCCAUCUUGGAUGAAAAGCGUUCGAUUGAGGAGGCAAAAGAGGAGGAGGAAUCGCAGAGGGACCGCCCGAGGGAGUUCCAGGAGGUUGACACUGAGUCUUCUACAGGAGACGAAGACGGCGCGGAUCGGGGAGCAUGAAGAUGCAUCCCAGAAGGUAGGCCUUGACGGAGCCGUUGAGGAGGAAGAGGAUGAAGAAGGAGAGGGGGAAGCUUCAGAGGCGCUAGUAAAGACAGAAGACGAGGAGCUACAUGUCGCCGUGAAGCACGAGCAUCCAGAAGAAAAUGAGGAUGAGGAGGGUAAGGGCGUAAAGAGGGAGAGAUUCUUGGAGUCUACUGAUGUGAAACGAGAACAUGGAUUGUGAUGGAUGCAUGUAGUGAUCACAA